AUGUCAGCUGGCCUCAUGGCUGAGGCAAGGUGUUUCCCUGAGGAUUGCAAGGGAAUGGAGGAGGAGAAGACAGCAGGGCUUAUGCCAUUGGUCAAGCAUGGGAAGGAGCUUGGUGUCAUGGUAAGGGUGGAUGCAGUGGAUGUGCCUAUACUGGCUAAAGCAGAUGACAUCUACAAGUGGUGGACUGCAGAGGAAGCCAAUGCAUGUGUGAGGGCUGAGCAGGAUGUCCAGAUGGGGGAUGAGAACACACAGGAGACCAGAGGGCUGGGUGCAAGUAUUGUAGUGCCUGUGGUGACAGAGAAGAUGUUGCAUGUUGAGAUGGUGUCCUGUCUGGUUUGGAAGACCAUCACAGAGAGUGAAGAUGAGGAUGAGCCCAAGAUUGUCAUUCCUCCCAGCUCGAUCCUCCACAAGGUCCCAUGCAUGUGGUGCAUGGUGAAGAAGACAGCUUGCACUGGACCCAUUGGGUGGAUGUGUGACAGCUGCACACAAAUGAAGCAGGGGUGCAAGAAGUCAACAAAGGCUGCAGGAAAGAAGGCACAGGCAGGCACAUCAGUCACAUGGGCCUCAAAGACUGCAAAGGCAAGCUUGUCCAAGAGGGUCAUAGAUGGCAAUGACAAUGAUGAUGAAGUCAAGGUGGUCAAAAGUCACACCCAUGCAAAGGGAAAGGCACUGGUACACAUGGAUCAGCCCACCAAGGCACUGGAGAAGAUUGGGGUGGAGUAG